CGCAAAGCAAGGGUCGUACAAGAAAAGGCCACGAACAAAUUGAUUGCAUGCGCAGAGCAUCCGGGGCGUGGCUAGCGCGUGUUUGACCAUGACGUCUCCGGCUCCGCGGUACGCAGGGCAGCGCAGCCCAAUUUAACAUGACCUUUCACGCAACACGGCUUCUCGCCGCUCAAUGCUCCCUCGAUAACGGUGCAGCUCCACCGAGCUCCUCACAAACAUGCUCAGCCUUUCCUUCUCGGCGACGCGCACCCAGAUUACGUCGUACCUCUUCGGCGUUGCGCUGUUCAGCAUUGCCUUCCUCGUGUUCCUCAACAGCAGCAUCAGCUUUGUUAUUACACAGCGUAUUGGGCAAAGCAAGAAUGUCGGAGGCGCAGUUGGAACCCUCGGAUUCGUAGAUGAACUGGUUGCGCUGGUCGCGUGUCCCGUCUGGGGGCUGCUCAGCGACAGAGUGGGAGUGAGAGCAGUUGCGGUCACAGGAUACGUGAUUGUAGGAGUCAGUCUGUGCGUGCUGGUGCAGGCCAAGAAUGUCUAUCCCCAGUUGCUGUUGGCUAGGGUGCUGUUUAGUCUGGGAGGAAGUGCGACCGCGACCAUGGUCACUGCAAUUCUGCCAACCAUGACGGUCGUCAAAGAAGUCAAGCCAGAUCCAAGAAGCCCUUCGGUCAGGCGUUUCGUCAAUGGCAGCCGACAUGCUGUCGCCGCCUCCAUCUCGUCCGAACUCACCAUCACGCCCGACCGCUUUCGAUCGACCUCCCAGGAGCCGCCGGCGCCGACGAAGAAGGAUGCAAGCGCUUCAACAUCGCAGCUUGCAGGUCUAGUUGGCAUGUUCACUGGCUGCGGUGCAUUAGUGGCUCUGCUGGUCUUUCUGCCUCUACCCACGCGCUUCCAGCAGGCUGGCGAGAGCCCCGCUGCUGCCGUUGCGGCUGCCUUUUAUGUCGUGGGCGCAAUCGCUAUCCUUGUAGCCAUUGGCUGCUUCUUUGGUCUGCGCCAGCUACCCGGAGAGGACGAGAAGGGGUGGAGACGUCUCACGGGGAAAGGCGAACACAAGACUCCAGAGCGUGCGCGCGACCUCACUCUGGCAUAUCCUUCUCUCUUCCUCGAGAGCGUCCGCUUGGGCUUCACAUCACCUUUGAUCGGUCUAGGCUAUGUUGGAGGAUUUGUCGCACGCGCAUCAUCUGUCGCCAUCUCGUUGUUCAUCCCGCUCUUCACAAACCACUACUUCCUAAACAUUGGCGAGUGCGCUGUCAAUCCUGCGGAUCCCUCAGACAUCAAACACGCCUGUCCACAAGCCUAUAAGCUCGCCGCGAUGCUUACAGGCAUCAGUCAGCUCAUUGCCCUCCUCUGCGCACCAGUCUUCGGCUAUCUCUCUGGCAAAUACCCAAAAUACAAUAUCCCCCUGCUCCUUGCAGCUGUGUCAGGCGUCGCAGGCUACACCAUGUUCGGUUCGCUCGCGAGUCCAGACUACAAGAGCAAAGACGGCACCGGCGCCAUCUUCAUCAUCGUCGCACUUCUGGGCAUUAGCCAGAUCGGCGCCAUUGUCUGCUCCCUUGCUCUUCUUGGUCGUGGUAUCAACAACGACGAAACUAACGCGAAUGGCUCAGCGCUCGACUCGACGAACGGGAGCUACCAACCCCCUGCAGGCGCGACACCGCCCACGAGCCGACCUAUUACACCGGUCCACGAGGAAGAGCCUCUGUUGCCGCAGAAUCAGAGCUACAUCACAAGCAGACCAGGCUCGCCUUCAGAAACCAAGUCGUACAACGAUAUGAAGGGUUCGAUAGCUGGAACAUACAGUCUGCUCGGCGGCUUUGGUAUCCUGCUCCUUACGAAGGUUGGAGGCGCCCUGUUCGAUAGUACAGGGCCUGGAAGCCCGUUUUAUAUGAUGGCAGCCUUCAAUGCAGUGUUGCUCAUUGUCGGUGUGGUUGUGGGCGUCAAGCAAGGCCUUGGGCGGUAGAGGAAGCGCACAUAUGAAGCACACAUGGAAAUUAUGAAAUAUAAUGUUUGUACUUUCUAGUAAUCUACGUAGGGCGUGCUGGAGAUAGUACUGAAAUGUACCCAAUGUUUGCACGGCAACAUAUGCCUUGACGACACCUCCG